AUGAAGCCUGAAGCAUUACUAUUCUGCAUCCUCUCAGGGGCACACGCCUUACCAUGGAGCACUCUGGAUACAACACUCGGCGGCCGUCUGAAACCUGCUACUCCUUUAGCACUUCCGUGCUUCACAUCAUACAGCGGCAAGCCGAACGCUGUCAAUGAGACGUCAUGCACGACUACCCGGGAAAAUUGGAAGAUGAAUGAUCUGCACGUGUCCACUGCUGGUUCCUAUAUGAACCUUCAGAGCGAGAUGUGUCUGUCGGAUCCUGUGGACCAGUGUCUGAUCGAUAACACGAUUUCGCCGGCUCCCCUGCCAGCAGGCAACACCAGUUGCAAUCAAGGGAGUAUACCGUCGUACUAUAUCGAUGUUACUGGUGCGGGAGAUGUCGUUGCAGCAUUUGACUUCGCGAGGAAGCAUCGCGUUCGCCUCUCAAUCAAGAACAGCGGACACGAUUUCAUGAUGCGCAACACGGGCAAGGGCUCACUCAGCCUCUGGACGCACAACUUACAGCACAUAGCCUAUCAUCCGUCAUUCACACCGAAGGGCUGCAAUGCGAGCUUCGGCGCUGCUAUGACUGUGGCCGCUGGCGUAGAUGGCAACACAGCACAUGAGUUUGCAGAUGCGCAUAACAGCACCAUCAUUGGACCUUACUCGCCUUCAGUGACUGUUUCUGCUGGUUGGCUGAUGGGAGGUGGCCAUGGCGUCCUCGCCCCUGUGUACGGCCUAGGCGUAGACCGGGUCCUCGAGUUCCACAUCGUGACGCCCGACGGCAUCGAGCGAACCGUCAACGCCUGCCAGGACCCCGACCUCUUCUUCGCGUUGCGCGGAGGCGGCGGCGGUACCUUCGGCGUCGUCUUGAGCGCCACGCACCGCGUCGAGCCCAGGAUACCCAUCGUUUUCGCAGACAUCCACCUUCCGUCGAACAUUUCGUCGGAGACCGCCUUGAAGUGGGUGAAGAUGUUGAUAGAUGAAUCUCUUGAUUGGGGAAGCGCCGGCUGGGGCGGUCACGUCGCUGGGACGUAUGUUACGCACUUUAACCCCCUUCCUGCGCUGACGGCCGACAAUGGCACGGCUGCAAGGGCCGCGUUUCGGAGGCUAACAGACUUCGCGCUCUCUCUUGGCGGCACGAGUAAUGUCAAUGUGUACCCUAGCUGGCUCGCGAUCUGGAACAAGUUUCUCCUGCCUUACGAUGCGUUGCAAGCUGGCGCCGCAGGCAUGGCUUCGAGUCGCCUGCUACCGGCCGAUAUCUUCGCUACGGAGGAAGGCCGGGAGUCCAUCAUCGACUACCUGCGCGCGGCGCAGGACUUGGGGUUCAACCCGGUGAACUUCUACACCCCCGUCACGACCCCGUUCGUGUACCAGAGGGGCCAGAACACCUCCGCGGGAUCCGUCGACCGCGGGACGUCUGUCACGCCGGCCUGGUACCAUUCCCUCUGGCAUCUCCAGACGAUCGGGUCCAUGGCCUGGAACAGCUCGUACGCCGACCGGCUCAACUACCUGACGCAUCUCACGAAUGCGACAAUACAGGCCGAGGCGCUGGCGGGACCCACGGCCGGCUCGCACUUCAAUGAGGCGAACCCGUUCGCUUCCGGGUGGCAGGAGUCGUACUGGGGUACGGAGAACUAUGAGAAGCUGCUACAGAUCAAGAAGAAGUACGAUCCGCAUAGGCUUCUCAAGUGCUGGAAGUGCAUUGGUUUUGAGGAGGAGGAUAUAAGCUCGGCGCAGUUUGCUUGCCAGGGGAAGCUGCAGCUGGAUGUUGAUAGGGCGUUCUCUUGA